AUGCUGUCUCGCAAGGGCAUCAUCCCCGAGGAGUACGUGCUGACCCGGCUAGCAGAGGACCCCGCCGAGCCCCGGUACCGCGCCCGGGAGCGGAGGGCCCGCUUCGUGUCCAAGAAGGGCAACUGCAACGUGGCCCACAAGAACAUCCGGGAGCAGGGCCGCUUCCUGCAGGACGUGUUCACCACGCUGGUGGACCUCAAGUGGCCGCACACGCUGCUCAUCUUCACCAUGUCCUUCCUGUGCAGCUGGCUGCUCUUCGCCAUGGUCUGGUGGCUCAUCGCCUUCGCCCACGGCGACCUGGCCCCCGUGGACCUGGCCCCCGGAGAGGGCGCCGCCGUCGAGCCCUGCGUCACCAGCAUCCACUCCUUCUCCUCCGCCUUCCUGUUCUCCAUCGAGGUCCAGGUGACCAUCGGCUUCGGCGGGCGCAUGGUGACGGAGGAGUGCCCCCUGGCCAUCCUCAUCCUCAUCGUGCAGAACAUCGUGGGGCUCAUGAUCAACGCCAUCAUGCUGGGCUGCAUCUUCAUGAAGACGGCCCAGGCCCACCGGCGGGCCGAGACCCUCAUCUUCAGCAAGCACGCCGUCAUCGCCCUGCGCCACGGCCGCCUCUGCUUCAUGCUGCGCGUGGGGGACCUCCGCAAGAGCAUGAUCAUCAGCGCCACCAUCCACAUGCAGGUGGUGCGCAAGACCACCAGCCCCGAGGGCGAGGUGGUGCCCCUGCACCAGGUGGACAUCCCCAUGGAGAACGGGGUCGGGGGCAACAGCAUCUUCCUGGUGGCGCCCCUCAUCAUCUACCACGUCAUCGACGCCAACAGCCCGCUCUACGACCUGGCGCCCGGCGACCUGCACCACCACCAGGACCUCGAGAUCAUCGUCGUCCUGGAAGGCGUGGUGGAAACCACGGGCAUCACCACCCAGGCCCGCACCUCCUACCUGGCCGACGAGAUCCUAUGGGGCCAGCGCUUCGUGCCCAUCGUGGCCGAGGAGGACGGCCGCUACGCCGUGGACUACUCCAAGUUUGGCAACACCGUCAAGGUGCCCACGCCCCUCUGCACGGCCCGCCAGCUGGAGGAGGACCGCAGCCUGCUGGACGCCUUGACCCUCGCCACGGCCCGCGGGCCACUGCGGAAGCGCAGCGUGGCCAUUGCCAAGGCCAAGCCCAGGUUUAGCAUCGCUCCCGAUUCCCUGUCCUGA